AUGGCAGGGUGCAGCGUGGUGAACCCUGCUGCCUGGUGGCUCAGACGACUUGUGACACUGUGAGUCCCCCCACACAGCGAGAUACAAGCGCCGCUAGUGAGACAGAAAGUCAAAGGUCAACUCCUCUUUUCUCCCUUCAUCACCCUCAGCGCCAGCAGACGAAGCAGGCUCCCAAUUAAACGACAGCGAUUCCCUCACAAACAAGGUCAAAGAGACUGGAAUCACAGAGAGUUAGAGAGCAUGAGUUUAAACCAGAGGAGGAAAGGGGGAGAGGACAAGCUGGGAGAUGUAACUGCGGAAACUCAGAGAUACUGGGUGGGUGAGUAAGGGUGGAGGGAGGGAGUGAAAAAAAGAGAAAGACGGGAAAAAGAGAGGGAGAUUUGAGAGACAGAAGGAAAAGGCAGUAUUAAUAUUCACAGACUCCCAGCGCUUCCUAAAUAUUUUAUUACUUCCAGCUGUUUGAUGUUAAGGAGACUCACCAGAGAGCCCCCUACUCACACACACAAACACACGCACACAUGCACACGCGCACACACACAAACUUGCACAAUCACAAAGCCACAUGCAAGUAAAUACCGACUCACACAAACAGAAACUCACAUUCGCAUGCACUCAAAUAUGAACCCCAACACACACUGACACGCCAGCAGUCACACACAUAUGCACAGCAGGGAACACGCAAUAAAUACAUGCAUGUUUACAGCACACACAACAAACCACAUAUAGCAUGGACUCAAAGCCAUAACACACACACACACACACACACACACACACACACACACACACACACACACACACACACAAAAGUAGAAAUGAUAUAAAAAAAAAAACAAAAAAAACUCCCACAGGCACACAAACGCACACCACUGACUUCACAUCGAUCAUAAUCUGUCUUUCAGGAGUUCUGUCACGUUUAUUCAUUUAUUUAUUGGCUUAUUUAUUUAUUUGUAUAUUCAUUAUUCGUUGGACUGGCUUUCUUUUUAUUUGCGAGCUCAGUUCCGAGGGGAGAGCGGGAGAACAUUCAUCUUCUGAUGAGAGCAGUCAUUAAUUCAGAACAGGCCCAUCUCCCGCUCUCUUUCUCUGUCAGUCUGUCUCUUUCUCUCUGUCCAUCAGGCAGAGUCUCUCGCUCUCUGUCUCUGCCCAUCAGCUCGACUUUCUGGGUUUAUUUCUCCCUCUGUAUCGGUCUGUCUUUUUUUUUUUUCUGUGUUGUUCAGUCUCAGCAAAUGUCUCUCCCUUUCUCUCAGAGCUUUCCAGCAAUGUGUUCUCCUUCUUUUGCAACUCUCUACAAGGCUUUGUCCAGACGAACUAGAUAAAUGAGGAACAUAGUCUUUACAAUGCCAGAGAAAUGUGCAACCAAUGACAGAUUUCAUAAAAACUGACUCAAAAACAAAGAAAAACAACAAUAACCCUCUGUAAGUUGGCAAAACACAACAGUGUAUAACAGCUAAAAUUUGGCACAGUUCUGCUUAAUCUUGGGUGAUAAACCUUUGCUCUUUCCCCACCUCACCUAAGUCGGACAAUGAACCUCCAACUUCUUCUCUUGUAAAAAAAAUAUGAAGGUAAAAUACCUCCUAAGGUGGCAGGAACAGACGCAUUGUGCUGGUGACACAUUCUUGGAGCCAUGCAAGGCAAAUGCAAAAGUGAUGUGGCUGUUGGAGUUGGUGUUCACCUCACGCACUUUCACUCCAAAGUACACGUAAGAAAAAGGGAUGAGAAACCCUGAGUUCGUUACAGUCUACAGCAGAUCAUAACUGGACGCUCAUGGUGACGGCCAGUUCAAUGACUUGUGUGAGAGUUUUUCACUGUUCCUCCUCUACUUGGUUAAUCUGGUAAAGGAUGCUGCAGAGCUGUCAAUCAGGGUGUCACAUCUCUGCUUUUAAACUUCCAAUAACGACUCAAAUGACUCAACAUUUAUGAAAAAUUAACAUCCGUGCGUAAAUCGGCCUGAUAAGAACUAUCAGAACGAAAAACAUGUUCAAGACAAUUUUAAUGAUCUAAUUCACCCACGCCACCUCUGUUAUUAUCACUGGCUGCCAUUGGUUCUGUGACAUCGACCACUGGUUUCUGGAGAAGGGUUAUAAAGGCCAACAUUUGUAGUCACCAUACCGGUAACAAUAACUGAAUCUAGACACAGACAAAAACAUAGACUUUAGACCUGAACUGUAUCAGCCUGUAAACAUGUUUAAUUAAGCUGUUAAGAUAAGAAUUUUAGUGGGGGUGUUAUUGAAGUUUCAUUGGUGUUUGGAGCCAGCCUCCAGUGGACACCCAAGGAACUGCAGUCUCUGUACACUUGAGCAUUGAAUUUUACUUCAUUAGUAUUAAGGAGGUGGGCUUUAUAACUUGUACUGCAGAGAGUCACCAUGUGGAGCUCCUUGGAUUUUGGCUUCACUUGCGGGUAGUUGCCAUGCUGUCCAUGUUUCUGUACACUCUUUGGUUUGAACUGUUCUGUGUCCAAGUGUCGUGUAGAAGCUGUAGAAAGUCAUUUUCUAAUCCUACCUGCAAAGCAGACCCUGACCGUUGAUCUUUAGAGAGUCACUUUCAAAUACUCUCUACAACGUGAAGCCAGAUUCUCAAAAUGUGUCCUUUUAGGCUCUGAGAGCAUCUCUUUAAUAGAGACAGACAGACAGAGCGCAAAAAUUGGACAGCUUACAAUCAGAUCAUUCAAAAUGAAAACAUCAACAAGUAAAGCAAGACAAAAGACUGCCUGUGUCAGUGAUGAUGAAAUGAAAUUCAGGGAGCCUUGGAUCUAUUACUGAUCAGGCUUAUCAGAAACAAAAGACUGGACAGCUUUUAAUGAUGCUGAAAUUACUUAAUGAGUCUAGAAAGACACAAUCGUUUUAUCACAUCUCAUGUUACACUAUAUCUCACCUACAGAGGACGCACUCAAGAUGACUUUCACAUACACUGUUAAUGGGCAUGCUUAUGUUGGCAGUAAUGUAAUCAAUGCUGCAAUAAAUUCUGAAUUAAUCAGAAUAAAUCACUUUGGUUGACUUAAUUAGGUUUAACAAAACUACAAGUAUCAGGAGAUUCUUUCAAGAGUCCAUAUCCGGAGUAUUAAUGGAGAUUUGAUUGAAGGACGAAUACUGAACAGAAUUUCUCUGAUAUCAAAUAGUGUGUCCAGUUAUGUCAAAUGUUACAUAUACAUUAUAUAAAAUAUCCAAAUAUGCCCCCAGUUUGUAUUUUAAAGCAUAUAGACUUGGCUGAAGUACUGUACUACCAGAUUUGAGGCAUAUUAUAUCAUCACUUUUUUGUCAUAAGCAUCAAGAAUUGCGAUGCAUGUGGUAUUUGAAAUACAACCUCAGAAAAAUAUUUUAACACCAUAUUCUGAUGGAAUCAAAGUGGACCCAUUGAGGGGAUUAGAUAAGCUCCAUAUGACGUUUACAAUAAUAUGGGGUUCUGAGGUAUUUUGGGCGGUGUUAAGUCCUCUAAUGUCUGUGAUGUAACUCGUGUAAAUGUAUAAUCUGAUGGUUUAAACUCUGUUUGUUUGACACAUCAACCCUACACAGCUCUCUUUCCCUUCACACGUCUCCACCAUUAUCCUAUCCUGCGCUGUCAUCAUAAUAACCACAUCAAUGAGGGUGGAUGCCUUUGUAUAGGCUGAGUAUAGGCUGCUCCGCAUUACCAAUAGAUAAAAACAGUCUAAUAACUCCUCUAAAUUGGAGGUUAAGGAGGGCCUCACAGCAUUAGGUCUGCGAUAUUGAAGGCAAUAACCUGGUGACAAUUCAAUCGGAUGUUCUGACAACACUAAUUGUGUAUCUCUUGGUUAUAACAAGACCUGAUCAAUAUCGGGGCUGGAUCGAUCAGAUAACUAGCAUGUCUUUUGGUUAAAGGAGACACCAGAGUGCGUAUGAGGAAAAGUUCAGCAGACAUGAGAAGCACAUGCUAACUCCAAGUGGGAUUCAAACCAGACUUCUUUUCGCUUUGAGGUGACAGUGUAAGCCACCGCACCGAUGCGCCACAUGCCAAUUUGUUUCAGGCCAAGAUCUGGUUGGAUCGUUGGCUUAUCCUCUUGGCAGAGUUCAACCAGACUUCUUGAGCAGAUUUCUCAUAAUUGUAUCAUCUCAGUGGGGCUGAGGUCAGAACUUUGGGGAGGGCAGAUCUUAUGAUUUUACGACUCUGAUGUGUUAUCAAUCUUUGCUUUCUUUAUUUCAAAGAACACGAGGCGAACGCUGAAAAGAUGUCUGGACGUGACAUUAAAAGAGAAGGUGAGGAAACUUUGAUGGAUCCCCGGAGAAAAGGACUUGAGUUAAUGAUUGAACACUUCAGUAUGAAGUCACAUCGAGUGGAAAGACUUCACAUUUUGACCAACGACUGA